AUGUCAUUCAGAUCAAAUUCAAUUAAAAUUGCUACUAGAUUAGCUUCACAAUCAAUUAAACCAACUUUAUCAAAAAGAACUUUAAUUACUUUAGCUAAAGCAUCCCCAAGACAAUUUUUAAAACCAACUUUUACUAGAGGUGUUAAAACUAUCAACUUUGGUGGUACUGAAGAAGUUGUUCAUGAAAGAUCUGAUUGGCCAAAAGAAAAAUUAUUAGAUUAUUUUAAAAAUGAUACUUUAGCUUUAAUCGGUUAUGGUUCUCAAGGUUAUGGUCAAGGUUUAAAUUUAAGAGAUAAUGGUUUAAAUGUUAUUAUUGGUGUUAGAAAAAAUGGUGCUUCAUGGAAACAAGCAAUUGAAGAUGGUUGGGUUCCUGGAGAAAAUUUAUUUGAUGUUAAAGAAGCUAUUGAAAAAGGUUCAAUUAUAAUGAAUUUAUUAUCAGAUGCUGCUCAAUCUGAAACUUGGAAUGAUAUAAAACCAUUAAUUAAACCAGGUAAAACUUUAUAUUUUUCUCAUGGAUUUUCUCCAGUUUUUAAAGAUUUAACUCAUGUUGAACCACCAAAAGAUGUUGAUACUAUUUUAGUCGCUCCAAAAGGUUCAGGUAGAACUGUUAGAUCUUUAUUCAAAGAAGGUAGAGGUAUUAAUUCAUCAUAUGCUGUUUGGAAUGAUGUUACUGGUAAAGCUGAAGAAAAAGCUAUUGCAAUGGCUAUUGCUGUUGGUUCAGGUUAUGUUUAUCAAACAACUUUUGAAAGAGAAGUUAAUUCAGAUUUAUAUGGUGAAAGAGGUUGUUUAAUGGGUGGUAUUCAUGGUAUGUUUUUAGCUCAAUAUGAAGUUUUAAGAGAAAAUGGUCAUACUCCAUCUGAAGCUUUCAAUGAAACUGUUGAAGAAGCUACUCAAUCUUUAUAUCCAUUAAUUGGUAAAUAUGGUAUGGAUUACAUGUAUGAUGCAUGUUCAACAACUGCUAGAAGAGGUGCUUUAGAUUGGUAUCCAAGAUUUAAAGAUGCUUUAAAACCAGUUUUCCAAGAUUUAUAUGAAUCAACUAAAAAUGGUACUGAAACUCAAAGAUCAUUAGAUUUUAAUUCACAACCUGAUUAUAGAGAAAAAUUAGAAAAAGAAUUACAAACUAUAAGAGAUAUGGAAAUUUGGAGAGUUGGUAAAGAAGUUAGAAAAUUAAGACCUGAAAAUCAAUAA